AUGGCUAUUUUAAAUAGCAAAUUUGAAACGCUUCAUCCUUCGUUAGAUCAAGCAAAGACACUCCCCUUUGAGUACUGUCAUGGAGAUCAUGAAACCAAUGAGUGCAACGUACUCAUGGGAUCAGAACCAAUCCAAGUUAAUGGGAUCUGGUAUGAUCAGAGGCCUCAGCAGAAUCCUCAAAGAAAUCAGAACAACAAUGUAAGGAACAAUUUCAACUCCAAGUGGAAGAAUCAAGGAGGAUUGGAUUAUAAAUCCAACCAAUAUUUACAACCUCCUCCAAUUCCACAGACUCAACCAUCUGAGCUAGAGAGAAUUGAUAUAUUUCCAAGUAACACCAUAGUAAAUCCGCGAGAAGACUGCAAGUCAAUCAUCACAAGAAGCGAAAUAGUGAUUACUCCUCAAGAAAAGCCAAAAGUGGUUCAGAAAAAGAAAGUUGAUGAACCAGUAAUUGAAUCAGAGCAAGAAAAAGAUAAGGUAACACCUGCAACCGAAGAGCCUGCGAAAAAAGACAAAGAAGAGGCAAAGGAGAAGGAUGCAGAGACUCCAAAGAAACAAUGCGAUUUCUCAUGCUUUGAGAAACCACCAUAUCCCAUAAAGUCAAAGCAGCAAGCACAAAAGCAACAACAUGCCAGGUUUUUAGAAAUGUUUAAAAAGUUGCAAAUUAAUAUUCCCUUUGCUGAAGCUUUAGCUAACAUUCCUAACUAUGCUAAGUUUAUGAAAGAUCUUUUGUCUAGAAAGCAUAUGUUGCAGGAAUUUGAAACAGUAGCUCUCACACAGGAGUGCAGCUCCAUAAUUCAGAAAAAGUUUCCCCCAAAGUUUCGAGAUCCAGGGAGUUUCAACAUCCCGAUUGCGAUAGGCAACAUUAAUGUUGGCCGGGCAUUGUGCGAUCUUGGAGAAAGCAUAAACCUCAUGCCACUUUCCAUGAUGAAGUAUCUCAAAAUUUCUGAGCUGAAGCCUACUAUGGUGUCUCUCCAACUUGCUGACAUAACGUUAAGAAAACCAAACUGA